ACAACAGCAGCAUCAGCAACCAGCUGAGCAACCAGAGAGGCAACAUGACUUCCAGCAGCAUGAACAUGGGCAGGGUCAUCUUCUACGAGGACAAGAACUUCCAGGGUCGUUCCUAUGAGUGCAGCAGCGACUGCGCCGACAUGUCCUCCUACCUGAGUAGGUGUCACUCCUGCAGGGUGGAGAGAGGCUGCUUCAUGGUCUAUGACCGCACCAACUUCAUGGGCAACCAGUAUUUUCUGAGGAGGGGCGAGUACUCUGACUACCAGAGCAUGAUGGGAAUGAACGACUGCAUCAGGUCCUGCCGCAUGAUCCCCAUGCACCGCGGCUCCUACAAGAUGAGGAUCUAUGAGAGGGAGAACUUCGGAGGCCACAUGCACGAGCUGAUGGACGACUGCGACAACGUCAUGGACCGUUACCGCAUGUCCAACUGCAUGUCCUGUCACGUGAUGGACGGACACUGGCUGAUGUACGAGCAGCCCCACUACAGAGGCAGGAUGAUGUACAUGAGGCCUGGAGAGUACAGGAACUUCAUGAACAUGGGCAUGAACAACAUGAGGUUCAUGAGCAUGAAGCGCAUCAUGGACUCUUACUAUUAGAGUCACCAUGGAAACACUGAAGCUCUAUCAAUAAAGUUCUGUUUGACUUAA